AUGAAGGCCGUUCUUGUUGAAAAAACCGAUGAUCGCUAUCACCUCGCUUAUAAGGACAUACCAAUCCCCACUCCCAAAGAAGGUCAAGUCGUCGUCAAAAAUCACUUUAUUGGGGUCAACUUUUCAGACACGGUCUACGAUCACCUUUUUGCAGCACCUCCACCUUAUGUGCCUGGAUGUGAAAGUGCUGGUGAAGUAACUGCCGUUGGUGCGAACGUUCAUGAUAUCAAAGUGGGAGACCGUGUCGCUCACGUGAGCUUCACUGCUUACUCUGAAUAUUCAGCUUUGGACGCCAACCAAGUCGCAAAGAUUCCCGACAAUGUAUCAUACAAGGACGCUGCUGCUGCAAGUGCUCAAGCAUUGACCGCAUUGACAUUGGUUCGUGAUGCUCACCAUGUGAAGAAAGGAGAUUACAUUCUUGUCUUAGCUGCUGCUGGUGGAGUGGGAUUGAUGCUUUGUCAAAUGGGUCGAUAUCUUGGUGCCACUGUCAUUGGUGUGGUGAGCUCAUCCGAAAAGGCUGAUCUUGCAAGAGAAUAUGGUGCGGAUCAUGUGAUCAACUCAACCAAAGAAGAUGUUGCUGCAAAGGUGAAGGAAAUCACCAAUGGCUUGGGUUGCCAUGCUGUGUUCGAUGCUAUCGGUAAAGCAACGUUUGAAACAUCCUGGGAAUGUGUACGACGAAAUGGCACCUUCGUUUCCUAUGGCUUUGCAUCGGGUGACACUGAUCCACUACCCCUUAUGCGAUUAGCUGAAAAGAACGUGACUAUAAACCGGCCAGCACUAUACCAACAUCUCGUCACCCGAGAGGAAAGAGAAAGAUGGUGGGGCGAAUUGUUUGAUCUCCUUGGCAACGGUCACAUCAAAGCACACAUUUACAAGACAUACGACCUGAAGGAUGCAGCUCUGGCACAUGCGGAUAUCACAAGUCGUAAAACCACAGGCAAACUUCUCCUCAAACCUUCUGAAGACUAG